AUUACUGAACUUCAGGCCUUGGUGGAUCUCUACAGCCAGGAUCCAACUCUUUUGAGAGCCAAGCAAUUGAGUUUCCUGCGGGACUCUACAGAGAGCAUGGGAGAUACCAUAUUAUGUUCAGUGAAACAUGGCUCUGCAGAGAAGACAUUCAAGGAGCAAGGGAAACAACCCGAAGCAGCUGAGAGUGAGGAAAGUGACUUGGAUAUUGAGGAUGAUGGUGUUGAACCAGAUCUGGGUGAUCCCCAAGAAAUGGGAGAUGAAUAUUUGGAAAUAACAAAUGAGAUGAUAAAUCAGGCCAAUGAAAAGAGGGAACAUGCCUUUGCCGCCCUGGAUGAAGAUGAACUUCAGAAAGCCAUUGACUUGUUCACAGAUGCUAUCAAGCUGAAUCCUCACUUCACCCUCUUGUAUGUUAACUGAGCCAGUGCUUUUGUGAAGCUGCAGAAGCCGAAUGCUGUCAUUAGAGAUUGUGACAGAGCCUGUGAGCUUAACCCCAAUUCAGUAGAGUCUGACAAGAGGACAGGACAAGCACACCUGCUUUGGGGGCACGGGGAGGAGGAAGCCCAAGAUUUUACCUUUGCAUGUCAACUGGAUUACGAUGAAGAUACCAACGCCAUGCUAAAGAAUGCACAACCAAGGGCUGAGGAGAUUGUUAACCAUCAGCAAAUGUGUGAGCGUAAGCAUGAAUUAAAGGCACACCGCAAGAUACUGGAAAAGGUAGAAUUGGCCUUGGAAAAGCAAAAGAGAACCCAGAAAGAGGAAAGUACCUGGCAAUGGAUGAUUAGUAUUUGGUGGAAAUACUUUGACUUUUUUACAACCAUUCUGGAUCCAAGGAUUAUAAUAGCAUGGAUGGAUGUGACCUGGAACCCAGAUAACAUUUACAAAUACCAGAGCAACUGCAAGUUCGUGAAGUUAAUUGGUCAGUAUGACUGA